UAUAGCUCAAGGUGGCUACUUCGGAAUGUCGGCGUGCAUGGGAAAAACUGUACAUUUUUAACAUUUAUGGUUGAGAUUUAAUUAAUAUAAACUAUGCAUGUUCGUUACACAUGUCAAGUCAGUCAGAAGUUCAAUGGACAGCCACGUGGUAGUAUGAUUGACUAGGCUUAAUUCUGGCACAUAUCACCCCCCAUAGUGCAGGUAAACGUUUUUAAUGUCAUUACUGUCAGCUCCACAACCAGCUGAAGCGAUGCGCUCCCUUUCAACCACCAAUUUCAUGGCACCGUUUGUUUGCGCAUGGCCAGUUGCUCUCUAGGUCUUUCGGUCCCCCUCGAAACAACCGGCAUCUUUGCACUACAACAUCUUAUCACCGGAGCGUCAACGCUUGGGGGUAUUUGGCAAAAUAAGGAAGGGUGGCCAAAUCAUGACCUGAGCAGAUCGACUGAAUUUCGAUGGAGUCUUUGAAUGCCGUAGAGCUCUGUGAAUUGGGGGAUGGCGACAAGCCCGCUGCCUGCGAGGUCACUACAACUCCGCGAAAAGCUACCCAGUCAAGACCUCGGACAGUAGUUAGCACUGGAAUCGAGAACACGUCAUAUCAGGACGAGGAGCACGAGAUGAGGUUCAGUCCCCAGGGAGCAGACAGCUCGAGUGUUCAUCUGUCCACGUCUAAUGACAGGGGCUAUCAGUCACAACCCAGGCCUUUCCAGCGAGAUGAGCUGUCACACCGCUCUGAGGCAGGACAUGAGGCUGACUUUAAAAACCAUUCACUCGACUACGGGUUCCUAUUUGCCAUGGUGUUCUUGGUGAGUGGAAUUGUACUGGUGGUCAUUUCCUACACCAUUCCCCGAGAGGCUAAGGUCAACCCAGACCUGGUGUCAGCUCGUCAGAUGGAGAAACUGGAGAUGUACUACACACAACUGGGCUCGCACCUCGACAAGUGUAUCAUAGCAGGCCUGGGACUGUUGACUCUAGGGGGAAUGCUCUUGUCCAUCUUGCUAAUGGUGUCCAUAUGCAAAGAAAGUAAGAGUCCUGCUAUGUGGAACAUCUUCGAUCCUAUGAACUGUCCUCAGGCAACUCAAUAUCAGAGUUCAACGAUACAUCCACCCUCUCAGCAUACAACACAGGAGGCAGAUUGCUCCUGAGGCUCAAGAGAUUCAUACAACUAUACUGAAAAGAUGGCAGAACCUACAUACCAGACCUUACUUCGUCUCCAUAUUAGAGGUCGACCGAUUAUGAUUUUUCAACGCCGAUACCAAUACUGAUUAUUGGAGGACCAAAAAAAGCCAAUUCCGAUUAAUCGGCCGA